GAUGAAGCUUCUUCCACUACACACACUCGUCCUGCUCAGCGUGUUACACCACUCUGGCUCCCAUUCAGACGGUGAUGGCCGGUGUGUACCCCUGUUUGUGCGUGUUGGUGGAAGCACCACCAUCAAGUGCAACAUCACAAACUCAGAUCAGGACGGAGUUUACAUGUACAGACGGCAUGAUGAGAAAAUCAGAGAGGAGUCGGUGUUGUACUAUUACAUAGACGGAACUUUCACUCCUGAGGCCCCCUACAGAGGCCGAGUGGAGACGAACAAGGACUUCAGAGAUUUCUCAGUGUCCAUCAACAACGUGAGCAAGCAUGACGGCGGAGUUUACUGGUGCAGAUUUAACAAACAAGACCUAUAUUCCAUCAGUGAGCGAACGUGUCUGUUAGUCCAGUCAGGAACCAUACAGAUAGAUAAAGAGGAAGCUGAUUGUAAAUUGUUCAUCUACUGGGGUGUGAUUGGUGGUCUGUCAGUCAUCAUUCUGCUCCUGGUGGUCUUACUGGUGAAGCUGUGUUGUGAUCGUGGAAAUUACACACCGAAGCAGCAGCAGCCCUCUAAUGGUGUGUAUGAGGUCAUGCGUGGCAACACCGCAAAGGCACUCACUAACCCGGCGUACGAGUCCACCCAGAGACGCACACAUUCUGAUUUAAGCUGAUGGAUGUUAAAUUUGGAAAUUUUGCCCUCUUUCUUCAAUCUAAAUUGAAGCCAUAGUUUUGUGAUCCGCACAAAUCCGCACAAACUGCACUAAGUAGUACGCCUAAAGGACACCAAAUGACAUCAAAGGUGUAUUAUUUAGUCCAGAAGUUCACCACUCUGAGGCUGUUGUUGUUGUUGUCUGAUGCCGUUAUGACAGUUCAGAGUCUUUGGUGUUGGAGAAUACGUUAGUUAGCAUGGUAGCAGUUGAUGCUGAGAGUAAUUACGGUGUAAUUUUAUUCAAAUUAAGUCUUUUUUUUAGUAGUUUACAACACAUCUGAGGUAAAUGUUGAUGUUCUGGAUGUUUCUGUUUCAUUUCCCCCUCGCCAGGUCUUUAUGUUGUAUUAAAAAAGACAUAUUAGUUAGCAAAUUCAUAAUUUUAGCCAUAUAGUGUCUUUUUUUUAACCAUUUAUCAACACAUCUGAGGUAAAUGUUGCUGUUCUGGAUGGUUCUGUUGCGUUUCCCAGUCACAAUAUCUUUAUAUUAUAUAAAAAAAAACACAUACUAGUUAGCAAAUUCAUAAUUUUAGCCAUAUAGUGUCUUUUUUUUAACCAUUUAUCACCACAUCUGAGGUAAAUGUUGCUGUUCUAGAUGGUUCUGUUUCAUUUCCCUGUCACUAGGUCUUUAUAUUAUAUAAAAAAAACACAUACUAGUUAGCAAAUUCAUAAUUUUAGCCAUAUAGUGUCUUUUUUUAACCAUUUAUCACCACAUCUGAGGUAAAUGUUGCUGUUCUAGAUGGUUGUUUCAUUUCCCAGUCACUAUAUCUUUAUAUUAUAUAAAAAAAACACAUACUAGUUAGCAAAUUCAUAAUUUUAGCCAUAUAGUGUCUUUUUUUAACCAUUUAUCACCACAUCUGAGGUAAAUGUUGCUGUUCUAGAUGGUUCUGUUUCAUUUCCCCGUCACUAUGUCUUUAUAUUGUAUGAAAAAACACAUACUCGUUAGCAAAUUCAUAAUUUUAGCCAUAUAGUGUCUUUUUUUAACCAUUUAUCAACACAUCUGGGGUAAAUGUUGCUGUUCUGGAUGGUUCUGUUGCGUUUCCCAGUCACUAUAUCUUUAUAUUAUAUAAAAAAAACACAUACUAGUUAGCGAAUUCAUGAUUUUAGCCAUAUAGUGUCUUUUUUUAACCAUUUAUCAACACAUCUGAGGUAAAUGUUGCUGUUCUGGAUGGUUCUGUUUCAUUUCCCUGUCACUGUGUCUUUAUAUUGUAUAAAAAAUACAUACUAGUUAGUGAAUUCAUAAUUUUAGCCAUAUAGUGUCUUUUUUUUUUAAAACAAUUUAUCAACAUAUCUGAAGUAAAUGUUGAUGUUCUAGAUGGUUCUGUUGUGUUUCCCUGUCACUAGGUCUUUAUAUUGAAUAAAAACAACACAUACUAGUUAGCGAAUUUAUGAUUUUAGCCAUAUAGUGUCCUUUUUUUAACCAUUUAUCAGCAUAUCUGAGGUAAAUGUUGCUGUUCUGGAUGGUUCUGUUGCAUUUCCAUAGCAAGCAUAUGUGGCAUCCAUGUUCUACCAUUGCCUGGCAACAGUGAAUGUCAGCUGCCAUGACAUUAAAAACAUUUUUCUACCUGCACUGACAGCCCUCUUUGGCACUUACAGGCCCAGUAGUAUAUAUAAAUUAGAUUUAUUGAUAUAAAAUAUAAUAUAUUUGUAAAUAUGUUUAAUGGAACUUUCUAUAGGAAAUGUCUUUGUAUGUUUUAUAUGAUGCUUUAAAAUUUACUGAAAAAACACUGAACAAAAUUUUUUUUAAUAAAAAAAUCUUUAUAUAUUUUUGUACAAAUAUAAAACCGCAUUGUAACUUUGUACUGUGCCUUCAAU